AUGAAAGCCAUCUACUUCAACGAAAAUGCAAAGGUAAAAGGAGGUGUAAUUAAGAAAAUCGACCUUCAAGAUGGAAUUUCCUUCCCUCAUCCUCAGAUUAUAACUCCAAUACUGACUCUUAAACGGAUGAGUGAACCAUUGAUUGACCCAACCGUCGAUGCUCACUUAAAGGAAGUCGUCCGCCAACACGAGAACAAAACCCAGAUGCAGCAGGAAACCAUCUGUCGGCCAUUUGCAUCCGUCAGCAACGUCGCGCCAGUCAUCCCCCUCCCUCUGAGCCCCGGUUUCGCGUGCUCCAAGCCAAUGCCGCAACUUUCUGUCCCGGCGGCAAAGGUUGGGAUCCUCUCAGCUGAACAAUUUGUUCAGAGAUGCAAACAAAGGUGGCUCAAGGCUAAAUUGCCUCUGGCAGAGAAUUUAGCCCGGCUACAGAACAAGGCUAGAGAAAGAAGCAGCUGGGUCUUUCUUUCUAUAUUGGUCAGCGAGUCUGUAUUGGUCCAGUUUCCAUUUAAACUGGAUUCGCGGAAACUCACCAAUCGCUUUAUGGACCCCCUUAAAACCAUUGACUGCGUAAUGUACAUGUUACAACUUCGCAGAAAAAUGCAACUUGUUGAGACUUCUGGAAAGGGCAACCCCUUUCUUUUCAUUUUUCUCUUUGUUGUUAACGUCGCUGUAACACUGAGAGAGCACCCGAAACGUGUGAAUGGGACCGUUGGCCAGUCCGUGUUUUUCUCCGCCGCUCAUAUAGUUUCAGAUUUUCAAGCGUAUAUGCGGAUCAGAUUGUUCAGAAAAGGGAUGACAAUCGCGAAUUAUCGUUGCCCGGAGAAGAGAAACGAUACUUUCACUGGAUGUGAACAGGCUCCUUCCAUUUCUGAUGAUUAUAAAACUCGUAUUGUGCUUUUUCCGGAGAAUGCAUCCUUGCUGCUGAGAGAUUUACAGAUCAGCGACAGCGGGAUUUAUGAAUUAUCCAUCAGCCACUCAAAGGGUCCGGAAAAUUGCAGCUUCACAUUGAGAGUCCUGCCCCGGAGUGGAACCGACAUAGACGGCAGGUCCCAAACUGGGAAUGGAACCGACAUUGGAAAUACUAAAGGUCUACACUCAACACUUGUAUUCAUCCUUCCAGCUAUUGGUAUUGCUGUUAUUAUUAUCUCCUUGCAUCUCACCAUGAAAGUGAGAAGAGGUUGCAAACAAGCCCAGGGACAAACAGGAAAAAUCAGUACUCCACAUUAUCACCAGAAAACACAGGAAGAAGCUGGCACACAAUAUGCUGAACUGGAGUGGCCUAAACAUACCAAGGGAAAAAGGAACAUCCACAUCCCCAAAGAAAUGAAAACAUAUGAAGAAGCUGGCACACAAUAUGCUGAACUGGAGUGGCCUAAACAUACCAAGGGAAAAAGGAACAUCCACAUUCCCAAAGAAAUGGUAGAGUAUGCUACAGUGCGGAACACAAGUGGAAUUGUUUUUUCCUUAGAUGAUCGGCACCAACCAUAAUAACUAAAGACUUCAUUCUCUGCACAGAGAUUUUAAUCUAUUGGAGCCCGAGAUACGAAAAUUUGAGAAGUGUUUACUUAUGCUAUGCUUAAAUAUGGUUUGCUGCCCAAAGAGGGAUGCUUCAUGUAAUACAUUUGUAUUAGUAUUCCGACGAAGA